AUGUUGGCCACUGUGUACAAAUCCAUCCCUCAUGUUAAAUUCGCCCGUUUAAAAAUAGCAAACAGCGCGUUUAGAUCAAUACACUCGCGUAAUUUCCCGCUGGAAGGCGUGCGAGUUCUAGAUUUAACCCGAAUAGUGGCAGGGCCGUACUGCACCAUGAUUUUGGCCGACCUGGGGGCCGAAGUCCUCAAAAUCGAGCGGCCCGGGGGCGGCGACGAGGCCCGCAAAUGGGGCCCGCCGUUCAUCAACAACACGGCGGAAACGGCGUACUUCGUCUGCCUCAACCGCAACAAAAAAAGUGUCUGUGUUGAUCUCAAAAAAGGCCGCGAUAUUCUGUACAAACUGGCCGAAAAGUCGGACGUGUUGGUGGAAAAUUACGUGCCGGGAAAACUAGACGAGAUGCAGCUGGGUUACGAGCACCUCAAGGCAGUUGCCCCCCAUUUAAUCUACUGUUCCAUCACUGGGUUUGGCCCCGAUGGCCCGUACAGGACCAAGCCUGGGUACGACGUCAUUGCGGCCUCGAUGGGGGGCUUCCUGCACAUCACGGGGCCCCAAGGGGGCGAGCCCUGCAAGGCCGGCGUCGCCAUGACCGACCUAUCGACCGGCUUGUACGCGCAUGGGGCUAUCAUGGCCGCGCUCUUUCAGCGCACAAGGACCGGAAAGGGGCAAAAAAUCGACUGCAAUCUCCUCUCAACCCAAGUGGCCUCACUCAUCAACAUUGGCUCAAAUUACCUAAACACGGGGAAAGAGGCAAGUCGCUGGGGCACCGCCCACGAGAGCAUAGUCCCAUACGAAGCGUUCCCGACCAAGGACGGGUACUACACCAUAGGCACUGGGUCCGACUUGCAAUUCCAAGACCUUUGCAGGAAACUAAAACGGCCAGAUUUGGCCGAAAACGACAAAUUUAAAACCAACCAGCUGCGAGUUAAGCACAGGACUGAAUUGAUCGGUCUGUUACGGUCUAUAAUGGCCACUAAAACCAAAAAAGAGUGGAGUGAAAUUUUUGCCGGCGGGUCUUUUCCGUCAGGGCCUGUGAAUUCCUUAAAAGAAACUUUCGAUGACCCGCAUAUCAAGGAAAUCGGAUUGGUGCAAAAUUUGGAGCAUCCUGUGGCUGGCAACAUAAAAGUUGUUGGACCUCCGGUCAAGUAUAGCGAUGGGGGAAACAGUGUGAGAUCUCCGCCACCGACUUUAGGCCAACACACUCAAGAAGUCCUGGAGACUAUUUUAAACUAUUCAACCGAACAAAUUAAUGAUCUGAAAAAGCAAAGUGUCAUUCAGUGAACUAUACUAUUUCUUGCCUUUUGUUAUUUUAUUGGUAUUGGUUUAUUUUUGUAUUUACUUUUAUAAUAAACUAUUUCGCACUUGUA